AUGGGUCAGACACUUAGUGACCCUGUCCCUCUGGUCUCCCCUAGGGAGCAACCAAAGGAGACCCAUAAACAUAAAAAUAAACCCAAGGAGAAGAGCAUCCCUCCAGCCCUGACCUUUCUUCAGCUGUUUACACUGCUGAGCUGCGUCAGGAUGAAGAAGACACCAUUUGAUCCCUCCCAGAAUGGUGAGGGGAGAAAGGCAACAACGAUACACGAUACGAACAACAAUAAUGACUCUGAUACUGGCUCUGACUAUUCUGCAGGUGAUGUGAAAAGGAUCAAGGACAAGAGUAAAGGAAAGGACCACAAACGCAGAACGACACCGGAAACAGAAAAAGACAUUAAACAAAGAUCUAACUCGGUCUCCCAUGUGAAGAAAGCAAAGGAGACCCAGCAGAAAGAGAAGAAGCAGAGCAUCUAUCCAGCUGUGGCGGCCCUGCAGCUGUUCACUCUCUUCUGCUGUGGAGGGAAAGUCAAGCUGAAGAAAACUCGUCCCUCUCAGCACAGACAGAGUAAAAAGGACCAGGACGAAGAUAAUGCAUCUGAUACUGGCUCAGACUGGUCUGGAGGAGAUGUUACAACCAAAAAGGUCAAGGACAAGAGUAAUGGAAAGGCAAAUCAAAGGACACCCCGGCAAGUGAAGACCCAUGUGGAGAAUAUUUACAUAAGUCCUGACUCUCCGACUCUACCAUGUGCCCACAGCUCCCUCUCCCAGUUCUCCCUGGCUAGGAACCUGGCCAUCCUCCCGCUGGAGUGGCAGCUACCUGGAGUCCCUCUGACCACCUCGUCUAUGGCAACUAGGACAGAGAGAAAGCCAUCCACUACCAACACUUCGACACAGGCGCAGACAGAAACACAGACAACAGAUAUGAACACAGACACACAGACCACUGCCACCUCUCAGAGACAGAUCUCCAUGGUGACCACCCAGUCAUCAGAGACCAUGACAGAGGUUCACACAUCAGACUCAAGCACCCAGAACUCCACUCCUGACAUGGCACUGACCCCUGAGAGCACUAAGGACAUGAUCGCUACUGAUGAGGAUGUGAAGGAUGACUCUGCUGAAGAUUUGAUCUCCACCCUAACAGACACCUCUAUGGAGAAAUCCGUCAGUGAGACCAGCCUGAAAGCCCUCAUCGCUGAGGAUGAGGAAGAUAACAAUGAGAUGAAGGAUAUGGCUGCCUCCGCUAGCCCUGCUACUGAUAAUGCCAAUGAGGAUGCAAAGCUACUGGAGCUUGCAGCACUUUAUGACUACAUGUUGACAGUGGAGACCGAGCUGUAGGCCUAAUGAACAUUUCAAUAUAGCAAAAGCUAUACUAUGAUCAAUUAAUAAAAACAGU